AUGACUCAAGCUUCAAGUGUUGAUUACUCGACUUUAAAAUACAACCUGCUGAAAAUGUGGUUGCCAGUCACAGGGGUGCGGACACCGGUUGAUUUAUGGACUCGGAAUUUUGAGAAUUACUUUGGCGAUAAGGUGUAUUGUGUGAUGCAGGAUUGGCUAAGACAAAAUAAUAAAGAAACUACUCCCGAUUUUCUUUGCAAACCACAUUUUGAGAAUUAUUUCGAUAGUCGUCCACCAUUUGAAAUCGAUGAGGUAAUAUUGUCGGGAAGCUGCAGCGAAGGUCUUUUCCUUUAUUCUAGAGAGCCAUCGGACAGGGAUUUCAUGUGCGUGUUAAAGAAUAUUACGUUCUCACUGGAAGAUCAGCAAAAUGGCUGCUUAUGGUUAAGAGAAGAUACACCUUUUGUUUACGCAUUUAUGACAAGCGACGAAACACAAAAUUUGUGGUGUGCGUUUCUUGACAAUGCGGAUAAAGGGACGCGAAAGCAUCGAUUAUCUUCAAGAAAAUUAAAAGAAAAGCUACAAGAAAACUCUCAGAAAACAGCUAAUAACAAUAUAUGUUCUGCUAUUUUUGGAAGGGACGAAGAGGUGACGGAAGGUGCGGCAAUGACCAUCAGUAAACCAGAAUUUGGGACGUCUGACUGGAAUCGUUUGGUAGAUUUCCUAACAAAGUUUUUAAACAAUCCAAUAAAUGAAGAACUUGGUGGAGAAAUAGAAUAUUGGGUGAGUAACGGCGGUUUGCCUGAUUUAUUUUAUACCAGAGCUGCCCAGGCCAGUGAUGUUGUGCUAGCCAUAUUCUGCGAAGGGUGGCCAUCCUGUGCACGAGAAUGGAUCACGCGCAAACGACUAUGGCCAGAUAUGAAUUCGGUGGAAAAAAUCUCCAAUAAUGGAUAUCACAUUGUGCCAAAGAGCUCGCCUGAUGGUGACUUCCGUUUGUCUUUUUCUUGUGUUGAAACCAUGUUGGUUGAGACUCUCAUACCACUGCAGCGCAGAGUAAUGAGAGCUUUUAAAGCUGUAGUGAAAUAUCAUGAAAAUACCUGGAGUCCAAAUUUGAAGAACAUUAUUUCAAGUUAUCAUUUGAAAACCAUCGCGUUUUGGCAUUUUGAGAGAACCUCCCAAGAAUCUUGGACUGAAGACACUUUAGUUCAUCAUCUUGUCGCAUUACUUGAGGAGUUAGCAGAAGCCUUGCGAAUUCAAAAUCUUCCAAUGUACUUCAUGCCUAAAGUUAACCUCGUCCAAGACGUUGAUAAUCCCGAAGUUACGCUGGACUUAAUGGAAAAGAUUUCACAACUUUCGCAGAAUUUCUGUGCCAUGUCUGAAGCUAUAAACAAUAACAUUUAA